AUGCCCAUAUCGUCGCCACUGCGCGCCUGCUCGUUUUCUCCCCUCCGCGCGGCACCGUCUUCGUCGGCGUCGUCAAGCACAUGGCGCUGUGUAAACGAGACAUCACCAUUUAAUCAACACGUCACUCUAGGGCGCCACAUUCGUUUUGUAGUAGAGGGCAUCAAGCCUUCCCACACCGGGUUUUUCCAGAUUCACGCUUCGCUCAACGACGACAUUCGCCGCGAAACACAUCGUCCCGACGAGCCGCUCGGCGUGCAGCACCCAGAUGCCCAACUUUCCAUUCCCGCCGACGAUUUGCUUGACAUCCACAACCAACCUACGAGCGCCAACGCUGACCUGCUGCCCAGUGGCGAGACACCUCCCGCGAAGACUGUCGAUGUCUUCGCCGCUAGCAGACGCUCUUCCGGCUCCCGCGCGAGAGCUUCCGCCAUCUUAGAGGACGACCCCUUCAGCUCCAACGUCUUUGGCGACGCACUCUCGCAAAGCCCGUUUGGAACCGCCCUGCCGCCGGUCUCCACUCCAUCCCCGAAAACGGGCAGGAAGAAGAAACAAAAGCACACCUCGAGCCAGCGGCACCGCAGUAAGACAGUUUCGCCCAAGGUCGAGGCGCGGAGCGUCAAGUUCGAGCAAGUGCAGGUCGCGCUGAGGCACGACGAAGCGAACGGGGCGGCGGUGGCGAGCGCGGAGGCGAGUCAAGCAGAGGCGAGUCAAGCGGAGGCGAGUCAAGCGGAGGCGAGUCAAGCAGAGGCGAGUCAUGCAGAGGCGAGCCAGGCGGAGGCGAGUCAGGCGAGCCAGGCGGAGGCGAGUCAAGCGGAGGCAAGUCAGGUCGGCGUGCUGACUCAGGCGGAUGUAGUGUCUCAGACAGAUGUGGCGGCACAAACUCCGAGCCAGUCCAGUCAGAAACGCAAGGAGACCAAGGAAGAGAGACGGAAAAGGCGCGAAGAGAAGCGGCUAAGAAAACAGGCCAAGAACAAGGCGGCGAUGGAAGCGGCGCUGUUUGCCCAGAUCGGAACGCAGGUGGAUCGGCCCGGCAAAGCGGAGAACAGGGAAAUAGGGUCGGACGCAGCAGCUCACACGGGGCAAGGCGGUAAUCCCGUGGUCGUGCCACAACCGCAACGUCGUCAUCAAUAUCAAACACCUUCGCCGGACAUACGUUCACAAGUCUUCUCGCAGUUGCACCAACAACGCGAGUUUUCAAAUUCACUUCUGGAAGCAUCCUGUAACCAGCUGUCUCAACAGGGGACCACUUCGUGGGGGGCCUCACCAUCUCUCGGCGCAGACGGGUUAAGCUCACACUUUGUCCGCCAGCUUAACUUCACAGUAUUCGCCACUGUCACCGGUAGACCCUUUUCCCAAUACUCAAAAGGCCGCGGGUCGAUCUUCAGCGGCACGAGUCCAAGGCGAUGCGCCAGUUGUUCGUCGUUUUCUUAA